UGUGACGGACCUGGUUUCCGGUGAGCUCGAGCAGGCAGGCGGGCGGGCGGUUGGACGGGACGGACGGACCGGUCACUCCCUCUCCCUCUCCCCGGUGUUUCCGAGCCCCGAGACCGCGCGAAAUGAAUCCAUUGGGAGAGAGGGGACCUGGCACGUCCCUGAUAGAUAGGACCAUGAAGAUGAGGAAGGAAGCACAAGUCAGGAAAGUUGUGCUGGUGUGGGGUCUGCUCAACAUGUCGCUCGCUGGCAUGAUUUACAUGGAAAUGACUGGAAAAUUGCUGACCAGGUUCUUCAACGUUACAUACUGGCUUCUGUGGUAUAUUGAAUUUGGGCUGAUUGUUUUGUUUAGCCUGAACGCAAUGUUUGACUUCUGGCGAUACUUCAGAAGUACAGUUGUUCCAGUUAACUUGGUCAUGAGUCCAGAGCAACAAAGGCUUCUUGGGGUUGGAAAUCAAGCAAUACAGACAACUCCGCAAGAGAAACCGGCAAUUGCCACCACUCCCAACUCUUCCCCCUCGAGCCUCAGCCAGGGACAGAAUGUUCUGUCCUACAGCCCAUCACGCCCCCUCGGAUCCAGUCCUAAAUUCAAUGCUACCUGUAUGUCUGGCUUUAGUCCCACAUUACAGACACCUUCCCCCAUGGGUUGUGGGUCCUUUCCAUCAUCCCCCGUGAUGUAUUCACCUGGAAGCACCUUCAGUACGGGUCAUGGUUGCAGUCCAGUUCAUUGUAUAUCUUCAUACCCGAAUAACAUUGGAUCUACAGAGUGCUCCGGCGUCAGAUCCCGUUACCGAUCCUCACCCUCUGUGUACAGCAUGCCCCUCACAAGAGACGAGUAUCUCACAGAUAUCAGAUCUCUGGAGUCCUACCUGCGAUCUGAAGAGGAGAAGCACAAUCGCAGUCACCAAGGAAGUCCUGAUUCUGUUGGCUCGAUCAACAACCCGACCUUUUGGAAUUGCAAUCGAUCUACAGGAGACUACUCACAAUCACUGCGCAAGUUCCAAUACCAACUGGCCUCCAGGUCACAAGCUCCCUCAGCCCACAAAGACGAAGCUGACCUGGGAUCUAAGCUGGUUUCAGCAGAGGUGUGGAUGAGGCUCAAUAUGAGUCGUCAGCAGCUUGACCUUGUGGAUUCCUGGACAGCAAACCUGAGAAACUGGAUCAACGAGACCAUUUUGAAUCGUUUGGUGAAAGAGAUCGACUGUGUGAACGUGCAGCUGAGGAGACUGGGGUGUCCAGAACUGCAAGUGGGAGAAACGAGCAUCUGCAGCCUGAGACAGGCUGCACUGGUCAGAGCUCUGCAGAUUCCAACACUGAACAUGGUUGUCCAGUAUCUAGACAUCACUCCAAACCAGGAGUACCUAGUGGAGAGGAUCAAAGAGUUAGCACACGGUGGUUGUAUGAGCUCAUUCCGAUGGAAUGGCGGAGGAGAAUACAAAGGCAGGAAGUGGAACACAGACCUACCGACAGACUGCGCUAUUAUAAUGCACAUGUUCUGCACCUACCUGGACUCCAGGCUGCCUCCACAUCCCAAGUACCCUGAUGGCAAAACUUUCACUUCCCAACAUUUUAUACAGACUCCAGAUAAACCGGAUACGUUGAAUGAGCACUUGUUCUGCAUAUACCAGAGUAAUAUUCAUCCUCCACACUAUCAGCUCAUCUACCAAGGGCAUGUGUACAAUUUACCAAAGGACCGAAGUAACAUGUUUCACACAAUACUGAUGUUUCUCAAUGUGAUAAAGACAAAAGAAUCUGGAAUGCUCGGAAGAGUGAAUCUCGGGCUGUCUGGAGUCAACGUUUUAUGGAUUUUUGGAGACUAAGUGAAAGUUGCCGGACUACUACAUAGCACCAACGUUGAUGUUUUGAUCCACACAGAAACUGAAACUUUCUUACCUGAUUUAAAUACCUUUCUGGUUAUUUUAUAUAUUUGCUUUUCUACUGAAUCUUGUCAAACUGUUAUAUGAUUGGAGGGGCAGAAGAUGAUUGGAGUGUUCACUUCUGUCUAUGGAACAUGGGAUUGUAUUUGAGGUUUGACUUUCUCGGGACUGAAAAACCUUGUCUUUUGAAAACUCGACGCUGGAAUUUUUUUUAACCAAUUUAAAAGAACCGGUAUUGUUAUUUAUAUACUUUUGUAACGCUGACUUUGCCUAAAAGGGGAAGUGAAAGGAACCGCAGAAUUUUUAUUUCAUUAUUUCGUGAACCCCUUACAAAAUUGUGUGUAGGAAUAAGUUUUAGUUCUCAAAAAUGUAAACCUUUGAGGGAGAGAAAGUUUGUACAGAACAUGUGAUCUGCCACGACUGUAAAUUUUGUAUAAAGGGAGUCUUAAUCUGAAAUGGGAAACUCGAGCGAUUGUGACAGAAGCACAGUCUUGUAAAGGCAUGUUUAGUUUGCAAGUGCCUCACCCCAUAUUGGUUUUAAACACAUAUUUGAUGGUUAGUUACAUCAAAACCUUUGUGAAGACUGGGGCUACUUUUGUAAUUUUUUUUCUAGUAACCAUUUUGUAUGAUAGUUGCUGUUUUAUAUCGCAAUAGGACAUUUAGAGACCCUCCAAAGUAAAAUGGGCUGCAGUAGUUUGUUAAUGAAUUGAUUUGCUUUAAACAAUACUUUUCCCAA